GCCGAACCGGCCAAUGUAUCAGGCUGGUAGAGACCCAGUCAAAGAAGAGCAGACCCUAAUGUGGGCGCAAAACACCUACCUGAAUGUUGAAUCUGGGAUCCAUUCAGGAACAACAACUCAAGCCUCCUCGGUCAUUGCUGGUAAAGAGAUGGACACAGACCAACUCAUGUUCGACUUAGAUCAUGAGUUCAAUCAAGAAGUGUAUCAGGCUGGUAGAGACCCAGUCAAAGAAGAGCAGACCCUAAUGUGGGCGCAAAACACCUACCUGAAUGUUGAAUCUGGGAUCCAUUCAGGAACAACAACUCAAGCCUCCUCGGUCAUUGCUGGUAAAGAGAUGGACACAGACCAACUCAUGUUCGACUUAGAUCAUGAGUUCAAUCAAGAAGAAGUAAAACAGCAGCUGAGUCAAACUGGCGGACAGCAGGUCAGAGGGGCCAUGUUCCCUGAAACUUUGGAAGAAGGAAUGCAGAUUCCUUCCACGCAAAUGGAUCAAACGCGCCCAGCACCAGUUGAACACUCAGUUGGACCAUCCCAAAUGCUCAAGCACGCAAUGAACAGCUUGAUGAACAGUUAUCAGGAUGACGCUGACGUAGCUACCCAUGCAAUUCCUGAACUGACUAAGCUUUUGAAUGAUGAAGAUCAUGUUGUCGUUUCUCAGGCAGCCAUCAUGGUGCACCAGCUAACCAAGUCAGAAGCUUCAAAACAUUCCGUCAUGAAUAAUCCUCAGAUGGUGACAGCCCUUGUCCGAGCUGUAUCUAACUCAAAUGAUUACGAAACCACCAAAGUUGCAGUUGGCGCUCUGCACAAUCUGUCUCAACACCGCCAGGGUCUCUCAGCCAUUUUUAAGAGUGGAGGAAUCCCUGUGUUAGUCAAACUGUUGAGCGCUCCAGUAGAAAGUGUGCUGUUCUAUGCCAUCACAACCAUUCACAACUUGCUUUUGCAUCAAGAAGGAUCAAAAAUGGGUGUGCGACUCGCGGGUGGCAUCCAGAAGAUGGUCGCGCUCCUACAGCGGAACAAUGUCAAGUUUUUGGCCAUAGUCACGAAUUGUUUGCAAAUUCUAGCAUGCGGGAAUCAGGAAAGCAAGCUUAUUAUCUUUGCCUCAGGAGGACCCAUCGAGUUGGUUCGGAUAAUGAGAAGUUACGACUAUGAGAAGCUGCUUUGGAUGACCUCUCGUGUAUUGAAAGUUUUGUCUGUGUGUCCAACCAACAAACCGGCAAUUGUGGAAGCUGGAGGCAUGCAGGCUUUAUCCAUGCAUCUCGGGCAUCCCAGCAUGAGGGUGGUCCAGGAUUGUCUGUGGACACUACGGAAUCUGUCAGAUGCUGCCACAAAUGUUGAUGGCUUGCACGGGCUUCUCCAAUCCCUUGUGCAUCUCGUCGACAGCGAUGAUGUCAAUGUUGUUACUUGUGCCGCUGGGAUCCUGUCGAAUCUUACCUGUAACAAUCAGCGCAAUAAGAUGACUGUUUGUCAAGUUGGAGGAGUAGAGGCUCUAGUCCAAACAAUCAUGAAUGCUGGGGACUGUGAAGAUAUCAUUGACCCAGCGAUUUGUGCUUUACGGCAUCUAACCUGCCGCCAUGCAGAUUGUGAGCUGGCCCAAAAUGCUGUCCGCAUGAACUAUGGUAUACCUGUCAUAGUCAAGUUGUUGGAGCCAACUUCUAGUUGGUCAUUGGUGAAAGCCGUUGUUGGACUGAUUCGCAACUUAGCUCUCUGCCCAGCAAACCAUGCAGCCCUUAAAGAGCAUGGAACGCUGCAACAGUUGGCUCAGCUCCUCGUCCGUGCGUUAGAAGAUAACCGUUAUAGUAGAGCUGAAAUCGAAAAUGUACAACGCACUGCUGCAGGAAUUCUCUGUGACCUUACGACUGACAAUGAUGGUGCUGAAAUGAUCGAGCAGGAAGACGCCUCUGCUCUCCUUACCGAGUUGUUUCAUUCAUAAUGGACCCCUAGAUUGAGUACGAAAUUAAACACCGCAAAAUAUGUUAUUUUAUCAAAAUUUCAUGAAGAACUUGAUGGAACAUGAACCAUUUCCUAAUGCCACCCAAAAGUAAGAGACAAGCGUUCUCCAUGUACAUCAAUUCAAACUUCCUGCCCACUGGAAAAAAAAAGAGUUUACUUGAGUCAAAUUAAUCAAAAAAUUAAUAUCAGCUUAUUUACGAAAAGAGACUUUUUUCCUUGCAGUGAAUUAGUCUAGACAAGUGUAUGAGCUCUGUGAUUUAUAAAACAAUCAAACUGUGACUAAAUACAAUCAUUACCUCACAAAGAGGCU